CAAUCAUUUUCUUCUCUCAUUCUCGACGUUAUAAAAGUACUGAGUUGUUUGACAAGGUCUCAUUUAUCCCGUAGAUGCAACUUGCGAGAGUCAGUAGUAAAAGCUAAAACCAUAUUACCGCCGUCUAUAAGCGACAGGCUGUGUUUAAAGUCAACUACAAAUACCAGCUUCUCUUGGUCUUUCUCUCCCUCUGAUACAUCAUAUAACUAAACGAUGGAACAAUUCCUUGGAAAAUGGAAAGAAGUCAAAGAAGGCGCGGAAUCUCACCGUCGAUUUUUAGAAAAAAUAGGGGUUCCAGAAGAAAUAGCAGAUAAAAUUAUAAAAUAUACAGCAGUUUAUGAAACAGUAAAAGAUGGUGAUCUGAUUAAAAUGGUUUCAAGUUACUUGGAAGAUCCCAAUUUAAAUAAGACGUAUAAUUUUAAGCUGAAUGAAACUUUCACUGAUACAGAUAACUUUGGACAAAAAUUUACUGUGUUUUGUGAAAUUAAAAAUGGCAAAUGGUACGAUAAAUGUAGUGGUUACUAUAAUGACGCAACGAUUGAGAGUGUCCAAGAAGUUGUUGGAGAUACAUUGAUAGUGAAAACAACUUGUGAUGGAACAUCAAUGGUAACAAAAUUCAAAAAGCAAUCAGAAUGAACAAGAAAAUGAAGUUGGAAAACAUGCACUUGUGAACAUCAACAUAAUGAUAAUAAUAAUAAUAAUAUAAUAAUAAUAAUAAAAAUAAUAAUAAUAAUAAUUAAUAAUAAUAAUAAUAAUAGGUAUUUUUAACUAGCGGAUUGUGAAAAUUAACCCAAAUAUUUUGCUGAUACAUAUUGUAAUAAUCCA